AUGCCAGCUCCAUGCCCAGAAACUCUCCCUAACGGAUAUUUAUUAACUUUAAGCAUAAUUGGUGGAAUUUCCAUUCCAAUGAAUUUACUAGCGCUUUAUAUGAUUUGGUUUCAGUCACCAGGCAUGCAUGGAUAUAAAUAUUGUCUUACUUAUAUGCAGGUGGCAUCUUUCAUAGUAGAAAUCAAUGUGACAUGGUUGGUCCCGGCCUAUCACUUCUUUCCACUGACAGGUGGCAUUGCAGCUGGAGAAAUAAUACGUAAAUUUGUGAGUAAUCAUACGGGCGUCACAAUCUGGAUUUUUUUGUUUUGUUUUCUGCUUCCUGCAAGCUUAUUGUGUUUAUUCUAUAGGCAUAAUGCAGCUUCAAAAAUUAAUCAGAGUGGCUCAAACAACCUUUAUCUCGAGAAGCUUGUGAUGAUUUUAACUCAUAUUUUCCCAUUUCUCACCGCCUUCGGCACCUGGAACUGUCAAAUGACCUUCGCGCAGAAAUAUGAGUACUUGAGUCAAAACUACCCAGAGUGCUUAUUUUGGUUAGCAUCUGAUAGAUUUGAAGCUUAUGACUAUAAGAUGAAUCCUUGGAUCGUUUCAACAGCAGCUGCGGCGAUUACGUUUUUGGUUAUUACUGCAAGCUACGGAGGAUACCAUGGCAUCCAUACGAUGAUUAUCCUUCAACGCCUCCGUGCUCACAUGUCAGUGCAGACCUACCAGAUGCACAUCACAGCUCUAAUCAGUUUGGCACUGCAAAUGCUCACUCCGUCGGUUUUUGCUGUUCCGGUGUAUGUGUGGGUAACAGUGGUUUUAACAAAUGCUAUUGAUCUUCAAGGAAUAGUAUCCUGGUCACCAUGUCUAAUGUCAACACAUUCAAUUUUGAUGAGCUCUGUGAUGAUUGUGACAAAUGCAACAUACCGUAGAGUUUUGAAAGAGAAGAUCUCAAAAUUAUUUAUGCUGACGAGGCUUAUCGGUAAUCAAUUGGGAAGUGAAGUGGAGCCGAGCAUGAGGGCUCCUAUCAGUUUUGGGAGACCUGCUCCGAUUUCAUAA